GCGUAGUAAUCACUUAUUCCCUUAUUAAAUGGUCUUGCAAAAACUGAUGCUAUCUAUAUGGAAAAGCGCAGGUUCCUAUGACGACCAAAGUUGUAAGCGGCUAUUGCAAUAUUGAAUUAAUAUAUGGUUUACCGUUUGGUGUUCCAAUAGUCGUUAUAAAUGAAUGUAUUAGUAAUCUAAUCUUAUUGCCGCCAUGGAAAGUCAGUAACCAAAUUCACUUCAAUAUUUUUUUUUUUUGCAACUGGGAAUAACAAAAGUUAGGAAACUAUUUAAUAACUAAUUUCAUAUGCACCAAAGGCAGCUAAGAAGUUAGCAAGAUAUAGUAGGUUUCUAAAUCAUGAAAAAAGUCUCAGGCUUGAGUCCAUGGAAACUCUUCUCAGUAAUAGGAUUCUUUUGCGGGAGUCUUCUCCUGCUCCUUUAUAAUGACAAAAUCGAAGACAAUAGAAGUUUCUUAGCUGCUAAAUCUUCUAUGGAAGAACUAGCACCAAAUGUUACAUUAUUAGCUCCACCAACUACCAUAACAAAGCUGAUUUUUCCUACAAAUUUCACCAAUAUUUAUCCAACACACAAGCCAAAUAAUGUCACCCUUAGCAGCAUAGAAAAUCCGGCACCAAAAUCCAAGACGGCCAAGUGUGAUAUUUUUGAUGGAAGAUGGGUUUACAGUUCAGAGGAAAAACCCACUUAUAAUGCCAUGACAUGCCCUUUCAUGGAUAAAACCACGAGUUGUCAAAAAAAUGGUAGGCCGGAUUUCGAGUACCUGAAGUGGAGAUGGGAAGCUAGAGAUUGUGAUAUACCUUUGUUUGAUGGAAAAGACAUGUUAGAGAGGCUAAGGAACAAGAGGAUGAUAAUAGUUGGGGACUCAAUCAAUAGAAACAUGUGGGAAUCUCUUGCUUGUCUUUUGUACUCUAUAGUUCCUUCAUCUAAAGCUGAAAUCGUUGAUAAGAAAGCCUACAAGGGGCUAGUAGCGAAGGAUUUUAAUUUUACAGUUGAAUUUACUAUGAGCCCGUUUUUGGUAGACCUUGACAAAAACCAUGAAAGUGGCCGCAAAGUUCUUGUUCUUGAUAAGAUAUCACCCUAUUCUAAGCAGUGGAGCGGUGCUAAUAUUAUGGUUUUUAACUCAGCCCACUGGUGGACUCACGGCAAUAAAAUAAAAGCGUGGGAUUUGUUCCAAUACAAGGGAAAGUUAAUCGAAGAGAUGCCGAGAGAUUUAGCUUACAAACGGGGGAUGAGAACAUGGGCAUCAUGGAUAAAAAAAAACGUGGAUCCAAAGCAAACCAAUGUGUUUUUUCGUAGCCUUUCGCCUACGCACAGCAGUCAAAAAUAUGAUCAAUGGUGCUACAAUGUGACACUACCUAAGAUGGAAGAGUCUUACAUAUCAAGCUUCCCCAAAACUUUUGUUGUUGUAAUUGAGACCUUGAUCAAAGGAAUGAGCAAAUUUGGAGUCAGAUACUUGAAUAUAACCGAGCUUUCUCAAUUUAGAAUUGACGCACAUCCGUCAAUUUAUACCAUGGAGUUAAAAACUCUCACCAAACAAUACAAUGAUGAUCAUUUAAGACAUGUGGAUUGUAGUCACUGGUGUCUUCCUGGAUUGCCAGAUACUUGGAAUAGAUUAUUGUAUGCUUCCAUCUUGUUUGAUAAUAUUCCUGGCAAUAUGCCAAGGUCUUAAUAGUACUUUGAAUUCGUUAACAUGCUUUAAUUUCUAACUAGUUAUCACGUCCAGGCUAUUCUAUAAAACUUUUUUGCAUCUUCA